GUCCCUAACUCCUUUUUAGUGUCAUAUCCCUUAUAGACCUACUUGGGCACUUGAACCUUCUGUAGUGUAUUACUUGAGAUCAUCAUGGCUUCCAAGGUUGCUGCAUCAACUGCCCUUCUCCUUAUGCUCAAUAUCCUUUUCUUCACUUUGGUCUCCUCUACCUAUUGCCCACCACCACCAAAGACUAAGCCUACUUGCGGAACUUGCCAACCAUCACCCCCCAAGUCACCUACGCCCACUACCCCAUCACCAAAGUCACCUACGCCAAGCACUGGUGGUAAGGGAAGUUGCCCUAUAGACACCCUAAAGUUGGGUGCUUGUGCCAAUGUGCUGCAGAGCUUGCUCAACAUAAAUUUGGGAACCCCAACCUCGACCUCUUGCUGCAGUCUCAUCCAGAAUCUGGUUAAUCUUGAUGCUGCUGUUUGCCUUUGCACUGCCAUCAAAGCCAAUGUCUUGGGCAUUAACCUUAACGUCCCUGUAUCCUUGAGCUUGCUCUUGAAUUAUUGUGGAAAGAAGGUCCCAUCUGGCUACCAGUGCUCUUAGGCCUGUGUGCCACCUUAGUAUAGCUAUGCUCUCCAUUUCUUUUCCUUUUUUUUUUUUUUUUUGACACUUUUGUCCCUUCUAUACCUCUCUUGCUGAGUUAAUUAGGACUUUGGAUUGGUUAUGAUAUGAUUUGAGGACUUCUUGUUCUUCAUUUAAUCGUGUUGUAUGUUCCUCUAGAGCUUCACUAGUCCCCUCGUAAUGAUAAUAAUUAACUUGUGCUGUAACAAGUAACAACUUAUGCUCUUAUUAAUAAAAACAGCUUCUUAGUUGAUUGA